AUCGGUUGAUAAAUUUUGUCUACUUGAUGUGUCUAUUGAUUGAUGAUUCCCUUAUCCUUAAGGAAAAUUGAAGAAAGAUAUCUAUUGAACGUCUUCCAAAAGAAUGGAUAUCCACGGAAUUUCAUCAAAAGACAUAUACCCCCAAGCCAACCUAUCAAACCAAAAGCCCCCAAGGAAAGCACAAAGAAAAUCGCUUUACCAUAUAUAAAGGAUAUCUCAGAAAUCACUGCAAGACUCUUCAAACCUUUAGGAAUUGACGUCGUACACAAACCAACAAAGUCACUUCACUCAAUUCUAUGUCAACCAAAAGACUCAACAGCGAAAGAAGAAAAAACCAACAUCAUCUACAAAAUAAACUGUAACAACUGUGAAAAACACUACAUUGGCCAAAGUGGACGUCCUCUUCGUCUUCGUAUCCACGAAAAUAAGCUAGCCGUCAAAUGACAUGAUAUCCACUCACUACAUACAGACAACCACGGACAUCAAUACGACUGGGACAACCAACGUUCAAAUAUUAGACAGAGGAAACAACACCAGGAGUGCUAGAGAAUUUGUAGAAGGGUGCCUCGUAUUCCAGUG